AUGCUGGACCACGGAACCCCGGAACACGCCGUCGACGAUCCCAUCGAAUCGCUGCGGCAUCGUAUGCGCCACUCGGCCGCCCACAUCAUGGCCGACGCCGUGUUGCAACUGUUCCCGGGUGCCAAGGUCGGCAUCGGCCCGCCCACUGCGGACGGUUUCUACUACGAUUUCGAGGUGGACCAGCCCUUCACUCCCGAAGACCUGGAGCGAAUCGAGUCGCUGAUGCUCGAUACGAUACGGUCCAACGCUCCUUUCGUGCGCGAGGAGUUGUCCCGCGAUUCGGCCAAGUCGAUGUUUUCCUCGCAACCCUACAAACAGGAGAUAAUCGACGACCUUCCGGACGAAACGACCCUCAGCAUCUAUCGCCACGGCGAGUUCACCGACCUCUGCCAGGGGCCCCAUGUAGCCAGCGCUGGAGACGUGACUGCCGUCAAGCUGCUCAAUGUGGCCGGCGCAUACUGGCGCGGCGACGAGAACCGCCCGAUGCUCCAGCGCAUUUACGGGACCGCGUUCGAGUCGGAGCAGGAACUCGAGGCGCAUCUGGAACGCCUGGCGGAAGCCGAGCGCCGCGACCACCGCACCCUGGGCCGCCAACUCAACCUCUUCACCGACUACUGGCGCGACAUCCACUACCGCCGCGGCUACAACAUCGUCUACUCCCCUCACAUCGGCCGGGCGCGCCUCUGGCAGACCAGCGGCCACCUGGACUUCUAUCGGGACAGCAUGUAUGCCCCAAUGGAAAUCGACGAUCAGGAAUACUUCCUGAAGCCGAUGAACUGUCCCUUCCACAUUCAGGUCUACCGCUCCUCUCUCCGCAGUUACCGCGAGCUGCCCCUGCGCAUCGCCGAGCUCGGAACCGUGUAUCGCUACGAACGCAGCGGCGUGCUGCACGGCCUGAUGCGCGUGCGCGGCUUCACCCAGGAUGAUGCCCACAUCUUCUGUCUGCCCGAUCAGGUGGCCGCGGAAGUGGGCGACGUAUUGGACCUCACCUUCGAAAUCAUGUCCGCCUUCGGGUUCGAGGAAUACGACAUCAUGCUGUCGACCCGGCCCGAGAAAUACGCUCUGGUCUCGCGUGACCUCCCCUACGCCAUUGACGAUGGCGGCGGCGCCUUCUAUGGCCCCAAGAUCGACAUCAAGAUCAAGGACGCGCUGGGCCGGGACUGGCAGUGCACCACCGUCCAGUUCGACUUCAACCUGCCCGAACGCUUCGAUCUCGUCUUUCAGGACGACCAGGGCAACCGUUCUCGGCCCUACAUGGUCCACCGCGCCAUCCUGGGUUCUUUGGAACGCUUCUUCGGCGUCCUCGUCGAACACUACGCCGGAGCAUUCCCGCUCUGGCUGUCUCCGGUCCAGGCGGUCGUGAUUCCCAUCGCCGACCGCCACAACAAGUACGCUGAAUCAGUCGCUGCCCAACUGCGCGACGCCGGCUUCCGGGUUGAGGUCGACGACCGCAGCGAGCGAAUGAACCAGAAGAUCCGCCAGGCCCAGCUGCAAAAAGACGCCCUACAUGCUGGUCGUCGGCGACCGCGAGGCCGACGCCGGCGCCGCUGCCGUCCGCACUCGCGAUGGCGAUAA